AGCUUCGUUGGCUGGAACUGCUCGUGGCUAGAAGUUAUGAAGAAACUUCUUGCAUAAAACUUUGACAUGACUGAGACCAUGGCAUCUUCAACAAACUUAGACGUUGCAGCCCAGUUAAUUGUGGAAGAAUGUACCACUAGCUACAGCCUUCCGCCCAUGCCAGACAUCAAAGUGGAGCAUCAGCUUGACGCUAGCACAGAGGAAGGCCCAGCUCAGAGUGUCACCAUGGGGAUGAAAUUCAUUUUGCCCAAUAGAUUUGAUAUGAAUGUCUGCUCGCGAUUUGUGAAAUCUUUGAAUGAGGAGGACAGUAAAAAUAUUCAAGACCAAGUUAACUCUGACCUUGAAGUGGCAUCUGUCUUAUUUAAAGCUGAAUGCAACAGCCACACUUCUCCUUCCCCUGGUAUCCAAGUAAGACAUGUUUAUACUCCAUCAACUACUAAGCAUUUCUCACCAAUAAAACAAUCAACUACCUUAACUAACAAACACAGGGGAAAUGAAGUCUCUACAACACCUCUUCUUGUAAACUCUUUAUCAGUUCAUCAGCUGGCUGCUCAGGGAGAAAUGUUAUAUCUGGCCACGCGUAUUGAACAAGAAAAUGUAAUCAAUCAUAAGGAUGAAGAAGGAUUUACCCCUCUGAUGUGGGCUGCAGCUCAUGGGCAGAUAGCAGUAGUGGAAUUUCUCCUCCAAAAUGGUGCAGAUCCUCAGAUUUUGGGGAAGGGACGAGAAAGUGCCCUCUCAUUGGCUUGCAGUAAAGGAUACACAGAUAUUGUCAAAAUGCUGCUUGACUGUGGAGUUGAUGUCAAUGAGUAUGACUGGAAUGGAGGCACACCUCUACUAUAUGCAGUACAUGGGAACCAUGUGAAAUGUGUAAAAAUUCUCCUCGAAAGUGGUGCUGAUCCAACUAUCGAAACAGAUGCUGGCUGUAAUUCCAUGGAUUUGGCUGUAGCCUUGGGCUAUCGGAGUGUUCAACAGGUUAUUGAGUCUCAUUUAUUAAAGCUACUUCAAAAUAUCAAGGAAUAAUGGUUGGCUCUUUUGCGGGUAUCAGUUCUUGGCUUGGACAUUUGAACUGCUUUGUAGCCCUAUAAUCAGUGACAAGGGUUGGUUGUUUUUAAUUUUACCUCAGUUCAACUAUUUGCUGGUUUUAUUGAAGCUUUUUAAUAUUCUUCCUCCUCUUUCGUUGCUGUUCAUAGAAAUAUGCGAUGUCAUCAUUUUCUUAAAAAUAUUUUAUAUAAUUUUAGAAGAAAAAGUCAGUUGUCCUGCAUGAAAAACUUCGUAAAUAAAACCAGUUUUGACCAUCUAAC